UGCAGAUCUCCUGGCGGUGCCGAAGCAUCCCUAUGCAGCCAUGGAGAACUGGGGCCUGAGUGUGUUUGUGGAGCAGAAGAUCUUGUUGGAUCCUGAUGUCUCCUCCUUCUCCUAUCAGAUGGAGCUCACCAUGGUGGUGGUGCAUGAGAUCUGCCAUCAGUGGUUUGGCGAUCUAGUCACACCAGUUUGGUGGGAGGACGUUUGGCUGAAGGAGGGAUUCGCUCAUUACUUCGAGUACAUUGGGACUGAUUUCCUCUUUCCAAAGUGGAACAUGGAGAAGCAGAGGUUUCUGACUGAUGUUCUUCAUGAGGUGAUGUUAUUGGACGGUUUGGCCAGUUCUCAUCCGAUCUCUCAGGAAGUGUUUGAAGCCACAGACAUCGACAGAGUGUUUGACUGGAUCGCAUAUAAGAAGGGAGCCGCUCUGAUCCGGAUGCUGGCGAACGUCAUGGGACAGACGCUAUUCCAGAAAGCACUCAAUGAUUACUUGAUGACGCACAUGUAUGGGAACGCGGCGCGAGAUGACUUGUGGGACAAAUUCUCAGAGGCCAUGCAGCAGGAGGGAAAGGAUAUCAACAUCACGCAGGUCAUGGACCGCUGGACCCUGCAGAUGGGCUACCCUGUCGUCACCAUCAGCAAGAACGACAGUCUUGACAAUAGUGUCACCAUCUCCCAGGAGCACUUUGUCUAUGACACGGACGCCAAGAUCCAGAAUCCUGAGCUGUUCAACAAAAGCUUUCAGUGGCAGAUACCGCUGACGUUUGCAGUGGGAAACUCCAGUCACAUAUCAACAGAGACCAUCAUGUGGGUCGCCAAUAAAACAGAGAGGCACAGAGUGGGUCACAUGAGCGGCGAAACGUGGUUGCUGGGCAACAUUAAUCAAACGGGAUAUUUCCGAGUGAACUACGACCUCCACAACUGGAGACUUCUCAUUCAACAGCUGAUGAGCAACCCAAAGAUCAUCUCAGUGGGCAACAGGGCCGGUCUGAUUGACGACGUCUUCAACCUGGCGAGAGCGGGAUAUUUGCCCCAAAACGUCCCCUUGCAGAUGAUCUCAUAUUUGUCUCAGGAGAGCGAGUUUCUGCCCUGGCACGCUGCUAGUCGAGCUCUUUACCAGCUGGACAAACUCCUGGACCGCACUGAAGACCACAGCCUGUUCAGCGACUAUGUUCUAAGACAGGUGGAACCAAAGUAUCACAAGUUGGGCUGGCCAAACACUUCCCCUGACGCCUCCUUCAUGCAGACGGCUUAUCAGGCCGAAGAGUUGCAGAGAGAGGUGAUCAUGCUGGCCUGCAGUUUUGGAAGCAAACACUGUCACCGCCAAGCUGUGACUCUCAUUUCAGACUGGAUUUCCAGCAAUAAGAACAGGAUUCCACCUAACGUGCGGGACAUUGUGUACUGCACAGGCGUGUCUCUGAUGGAUGAGGACGUGUGGGAGUUUAUCUGGAUGAAGUUUCACUCCUCUACAGCCAUCUCUGAGAAGAAGGUUCUUCUGGAGGCCUUGACCUGCAGUGGCAACAUCUUCCUGCUCAACAGGCUCCUGAAUCUGUCCCUCACCUCUGACCUGGUGCCGGAUCAGGACGUGAUCGAUGUCAUCAUACAUGUUGGCCGCAAUCCGCUGGGAAGACAUUUAGCAUGGAGAUAUUUCCGUGAGAAGUGGGACAUAUUGAAUUCCAGGUAUGGAGAAGCUUUGUUUAUGAACUCCAAAUUAAUCAGCGGCGUGACGGAGUUUCUCAACACUGAGGCCGAGUUGAAUGAGCUGAAAGAGUUCAUCCUGACCAGCGGGGGAGAGUCGGCACCUGCGUUCGCUCGAGCCGUUGAGAUCGUUCAAGCUAAUGUAAAAUGGCACAUCCUGUUCCAGCAGCAGUUUUACCGAUGGCUGCGAAAAGCUCCUGAUGGUUAACACAACAUUAAGCAUGGAGCGAUCUAUUAGCAUGAAACGUCUAUCAGACAUGUCUUGGCCAGUGACAUGGGGACACCUACGUGAUAUUAAAAAUAACUUUUAUGGACUCUGAAAGGCAGCAAAUUGUAACUUUUAUUUUUCUUUUGAAAUGACAAGGCAAGGACUGACCAAGACAAGUUCCCAGAAAACAACAGUGCCAAACACACUUACUACACCAAUAGAAGAGACGAUAAAAAGGGGGAGGAGAUGGACAGAAAAUAAGUAGAAGAAAUUGUAAAACUGAAUAUGGUAACAGAAGGACUGGAAGUUCCACUUUUAUUUUGAAAAGAGCCAGCUGGGCUCUAGAACGAGCAUGUGCAUUGAAUGGAUCAGGCUGGGGGAAAACGUUUUUAAAGUGAUUGAGGCAAAUGUGUGAUCCUGCUUUCGUCAUUUUUAUUCGUGAAACAAUCUUGGCAGUCUUUCCCCUUUUCAUGCAGUUUCAGUAGCUGCGCUUAUGUGUUAAUAACCUACAAAAGAAAGAAAAUGGCCUUAAAAGGACUUUGUCUACAUUACAUUCUCCCCAAAGACUGCUGCUGUUCUCAGAUGGAACAAAGACUCUUUUUAAAGUUGAAAUUUCAGCAAAAAGCUGCUCUUUGCUUUUCUUGCACAAUCACACCGUUUUAUUGACUUAUAUUUUUUACAAUAUCAAACGAGGCCAUAUCUACCUUCAUCAAACAGUCAAAUAAAGACAACUGCAGCUCGCUCGUGGAUCCAUCAUUUAUCAUGGACAAACACGGGCUUGUCUGAUUGAGUCAGUGCAAAGGAAUUCUUAAGGUGCCUAUAUUUGGUUUCUGUGGUCAGAAGGGGAUUGAGUUUAUACAGUGAAGAUUCUAAAAUAUUGACACUUGAUGAUUAUAUAACUUGAAGAAUAUGCAUAUACAUGUAUGUAUGUUCAUCUGUAUAUAUUUCUACAAAGUUAAAUUACAUAUGGGUCAAAGAUGUGGCGGUCUUUUUUUGUUUGUUUGUUUUCUGGAAUUAAAGGGAUUGUUCAUUCGGAAAUGUUGUCAUCAUUUACUUACCCUCAUACCGUUACAAACUCACAAAACUGUUAUCUUCAGUAUACAGAUGAAGAUAUUUUAAAUAUAAUCUCAUGAUUUUUGUCUCACACAACCAUAGUACAAAAAAAAUGAUUCACGUGAAUCAAGCAGUUUCAUCUCCUUCCUCUGAAGACACACAAUCUAUACGAUAAACAUAUUGUAAGCUUUUAUGCACAUAUAAACUUAUGCACAUACAUUCAUCAAAUAUGGUAAACAUGGAUGCUCAAUUAUGUUUUCUUGAUUUGAAAGAACAAACCUCACUGGUUUUCGAUCAUCAAAAAGCACAGUUGUGAAAAUUAUGACCAUUUUAAUUUUUGGAUGAACUAUCCCUUUAAGUUAAUCCAAAGUACAUUGAUGUAAUUCAUACAGACAAUGAGCAGAAUCCUGCACUAUUACGAUAAGUGUUCAAGUUCUAUUUUUUUGGUGAAUAUUAAAAUAUAACAUGUCAGGGCGGUGUAA